CUUCCGCCGCCGCGGGGAGGCGAGGGGCGGCCGUGCCGAGCCGAGCGGGCAGGAUGCUCCGCUCCCUCUGGAGUUUCCUCAAGCGGCACAAGAAGAAAUGCCUCGUCCUCGGCACCUUCCUCGGCGGAGUCUAUUUACUGGGAAAAUAUGGACAGAAGAAAAUCAGAGAAAUCCAAGAACGAGAGGCAGCUGAAUACAUCGCCCAAGCACGAAGGCAGUAUCAUUUUGAAAGUAAUCAGAGGACGUGCAAUAUGACAGUGCUGUCAAUGCUCCCAACAUUGAGGGAUACCUUAAUGCAUCAAUUAAAUUCUGAGAGUCUCACAUCUCUUCUUAAAAAUAGGCCAGCAAACAAGUUAGAAAUAUGGGAGGAUUUAAAGAUAAUAAGUUUCACAAGAAGUAUUGUAGCAGUGUACAGUACCUGUAUGCUAGUAGUUCUUUUGCGAGUCCAGUUAAAUAUUAUUGGCGGUUACAUCUACCUAGAUAAUGCUGCAGUCUGCAAGAACGGCACAACACCGCUAGCUCCCCCUGAAGUUCAGCAGCAAUAUUUAUCAAGUAUUCAGCACCUUUUAGGAGAUGGACUGACUGAAUUAAUAACUAUUGUUAAACAAGCUGUGCAUAAAGUUUUUGGAAGUAUUUCCCUUAAGCAUGCCCUUUCUCUUCUGGAGCUGGAACAGAAACUUAAAGAUAUCAGGAAAGUAGUGGAACAUAAAGAUUCAGAUCAGAGUGCACCUUAUUCUCCCUUAUGUCAUUAUCUGAUGCCAGAUGAAGAAAACCCCUUGGCUACCCAGGCCUGUGGACUCACAGAAAGAGACACUGCUACAAUUAAGCUACUUAAUGAAACUAGAGAUAUGCUAGAAAGUCCAGACUUCAGUACAGUUUUGAGCACGUGUUUAAACAGAGGAUUCAGUCAGCUGCUGGACAACAUGGCGGAGUUCUUUAGACCUACUGAACAGGACCUGUCUCAGAACGGCUCUGUAAAUAGUCUUUCCAGUGUCAGUCUUCCUUUAGCCAAGAUAAUUCCAAUAAUAAAUGGACAGAUCCAUUCAGUAUGCAGUGAAACACCCAGUCACUUUGUUCAGGACCUAUUGAUGAUGGAACAAGUGAAAGAUUUUGCUGCUAAUGUUUACGAAGCUUUUAGUACCCCUCAGCAACUAGAGAAAUGAGCUGCACACUAAUAGGAAUAUAUCAUGUAUUUAUAACACAGCCCGUGUGACUACUGAUGAGAUUUGGGUUAAUUUUGUAAUGGUGUAGGAGUGGUAGACCAGCAGAAAGAACAUACUGAAAAAACUGGGAGCGAGCCCGUAUUUGUUCUAUCUAAUAGAAUUCUGUUUCAAACACCCAUUAAAAAUAUUCUUGUUGAAAGAAUCACUGUAUGUAAAGACUUUUCUAUUAAAAAGUUGUUAAACUCUUGCAUAAUUCAUUUGAUUAUUUUUAUUGCAUCUGGAAGGCAUCUGGUGGCAGUAUUACAACAAGAUAUUUAGGAAAAAAUAACUUGUUUGUCUGGGAUGUGUUAGGUUUUGGGAAAAACACGAAUGACGGUGAUCUAAGAAUAGCAGUAUGAAGUAUGGCUUUUCUAUUCUUCCGCCAGAUUUUUCUUUCUGUAAAGAAAAACUCUUCUUUCCUUGACUUUACAAAUGUUAUUCCAGAGGGUUUCUCAUUCUUCAGAAAGCCUUUGCCAACGGAUGCACGUGCCUCUUGAACAGGCUGGGGGGGGGGUGCUCUCUUUGUUACUGAAAAGAAUGUGGAUUUUUAGAAGUUCUUGUUUAUGCUGUUGAAACAGCUACACUGUACACAUUAACUUGUAAAUAUUUUAGCUUAAUUUGUAUUAAUUUUGAGCCCAAUUGUCUGUAUUGUAAUAAAAUAUUUUAAUGUAAAA